UUUAAUCACUUUUUUUUGGAGAAAAUUUUUAAAAAUUUUUCCAACGCAUGUAUUUGCCGGUAUUUUUUAAUUUUAUUAAUAAUAUUAAAUUAUAAUUGCAGUUUUCACUCGAUAUGGACCCAGUAUCUAGACAACGAUCUACUCGACAACUGGAUUUCAUCGCUGUAUCCAAAGAAAAUGAAGUUUUGGUCGGAGCCUCAAAUUUGCUCAACAGUGGCAACUGGAACGGUGACUUGAUAUACUUCGGUAAUGACCAAGAUGUACCAUACAACGAAGAUGUUUUCAAUUCUACCGAAAGUCUAAAGCACUAUCUACCAUUUAGUGUUUGCGAUGGUACUUUCAUCGAAGAGAAAAAGAUUAUUGUAGGCAAUGAUAACGGAAUGCUGUGUAUUUAUUCGAUAUCCGCCAGUGAAUCGACUCACGAAGGCGAAGACUCCGAUAAAUUGGUAUUUUAUAACAAUGUAUGUACGAUCGAGCACGAUCGCAGUAUUUUAUCCCUGUCCGUAUCGUCAGAUCGUAAAAAAGUCGCCACCGCUAGUAUGGAUCGCAGUAUCAAAUUAUGGGAUAUCGAAAUGUUCGUUCCAGAAACUACAUUCACGAACGCUCAUUCGCAUUUCGUAACCUGUGUAAAUUAUAAACCAGAAACUACAGCCCAGCCUGAAGCAGGCGAUCAACCAGUCAAUCACGUAUUCGUUUCGACUUCCUUGGAUGGUCGUUGUUUAUUAUGGGAUUCGAGGCAACAGUUUCCAGCCCAAGUCAUUAGUACCAGUAAGCAAUGCGGAUACACUUGUGCCGAAUGGUUCGACAACGGCGAUAAAUUAUUCCUUGGCUGUGACGAUGGAACGUUGAGCUUAUUCGAUAUACGAAACACGUCUCCUGCUAACGUUCAAAAUUACCAAUUUUCCGAUAAGUACUUGAAUAGAAUAGUUCCCUACCUUCAUAAUAACGAGAAAUAUAUAGCAAUCUGCGAAGAUAGCAGUAAUCUCAAAGUGUUCCGUUACAAGAGCGAUAAUUCACUCGAUACUAUUUAUUCCAACUCCGAUCACAAAGAUUACGUGAAAGGAUUAUCGUGGCUGAACAAUCCAACAGAUCCGGUGUUACUUUCAUGCGCUUGGGAUUCUCGCGUCUUAAAACACUAUCCAUUAAAAUCAGUUAGCUGAACUUUUUUUCUUUUUUUAUAUUAUUACAAAUAAUAAAGCUACGCAAAUUCA